GCGGUGGCGGUCAUGGAGGGAACUGGUGCCUGUUUCCGCAAGAACAGAUGCCUAAGGAGGCUGUGGCCAUCGGGUGGGUACGGGGCAGGCCUGGCGAGUCACCGUGUCCUGUCGGCCCCCCAGGAGCUGGUGAGCAAGCUGCUGCACCUGCACUUCAAGGACGACAAGACCAGAGUCAGUGGGGACGCGCUGCUGCUCACGGCGGAGCUGCUGAAGGUCUUCGUUGUGGAGGCGGCCAUCCGCAGCAUCCGGCAGGCCCAGGCCGAGGACCUGCCCUGCGUGGAUGUGGACCAGCUGGAGAAGGUGCUGCCUCAGCUGCUCCUGGACUUCUAGGGCGCCCCCCUCGCCGGGCCACCUGUGCCCCCACAGCCCAGCCCCACGCCCGCAGGUCCGGGGCUCCUGGCUUCAGACAGCGACGAGGCCGCCGGUCCCCACGGUGCUCCGGGCCUGGUCCCAGCAGCAUGCUGCUGUCCCUCACGCCCCCCGCCCUGCGGGUGACCGGACACAGAGGUGUGGCAGAAGCGGGGACUGUGACCUCUGCGAACAGGCUGAACUGUGCAGGCCGCCGCCGUCAAAGCCGUUGCGCUGCCCCCGAACCACAUGCUACCCCCGAGGCUGAGAGCCGGCCCUCGCAGGGAGUGCAGGGCCAAUAAACCGGAGCCGCCGCGCCCA